AUGGUACAGGUCCGUGAUCUCGAUUCGAGGGCAAGUGACAGUUCCGGGUCUCCUCGUUAUGUGCCUGAGAACCUCAGAGAGAAGGGCAACGGCCCGGCUUCUGAUGGAGGUGAGGGCAGCCGUCAUCGUGAUGAUGAUGAUGAGCGAGAUCGGGCUUUCAACGAUGCGUUCAACGAUGAUUGGGCACCGGAUCCAACCUGGACGAGUGGGCGGGCGGCACCGGGCCACAGCUGGCAACCGCGUGAUCCGCACCGAUCCCAACUCGAUCCACGGGACUUCGGUGUCUCAUGCGACAUCUGCGGCCAGUGGAUUAAAAGCAAGGACCCAGCCGUCUUGAAGUGGCACAAGGAGACCAGUGUCCGCUGCCAGGAGAAGGCAGCUGGAGCGGGCAACCGCACGCGGACAAAAGAGGCGAAGGCGCAGUGUGCCAAGUGUGGGAAGUGGGUCGCCAAUAAUGAGAACUCGAUGUGGCAACAGCAGGAGUAUGGCGACUGUUUGUCUCGCCAAGCGAGGCAGAACAAGCGCCCGGGAGUCUUCUUGAGAGAGCGGUCCCCGCCCAACUUUGAUCGUCGUCGUGAAGACCGACGUGAGGAGCAGCAUGAUCGUGGAAGUGGAAGUGCAGCUCACCGGGGCCGUGGUGAAGCCAGUGGCAGUGGGCGUCCUGGACCGAGGGAUGCACGUGAGGACUUCCGCAAGCUCCAAGACGAGUUCUGCACCUUGGACGUUGAGGCCACGAUCGCACGGGUAGAUGAAGAGAAGACUUUGCUGGCAUCCAUUGCAGACAAGAUUUUGUGGCACAUACCAGCGCCCGCAAUGCUAGCUCCUGGACGUACCAAUGCAGCAGCCAAACUUCGUGUGUUCACCCAUGCAUUCGGUCUUCUAGCUGAUGGACGGCCUAUGUUAGCAACGCUUCUUGGGUCCAUCGUAUCUCUACACACUGAUUACGGUGCAGAGGCUUUGCUAGCAAAGACAGCCAGCAGUUCUUUGACGGAUAUAUUGCCUUACAUGCACCUGCCACCGCAACAGCAGCAUGGAGAAGUCCCUCACGACCAUCCGGACGCCUUCGUUGACGGUGACGCAGUCGGGCCAUUGUUUGAUGAUGAAAAUUUUUUUGCUGAGGAAGCCGUUCCACAGCCAGAGCAGGACCACGACACUUGCGACUUGUCCAGGUGCCUGGAAGGACCCGACCUCAAUCAUGUAAUACACAACAUCACAAGUGGCUUGGAAGGGGUCAUGGCUAUGUACCGUCCAUUUCUGGUAGGUCUGAAAAGGGUCUGUCGGCUUUUGGGUGGUAAAGAAUCCAAGAGGCAACUGCUCGCUACAUGCUUCAGUUCCGGUGUUGCUGUUGGGUUUGCAAGCGAGAUUUCAAAGUUCCAAUGCGAAGUGCAUGAGAAGAGGUGGAACACGAUUGCCUUUGCAGUCCAAUCUGUUUACGACUUGGAAGCUGCACUGCGGACAUGCUGGGAUCUGAACAUUUACUUAAGUGGCCAUGCCGUCUCGCAACCAAAAGAAGACUUGCAGGGUGAUGAACAUGGCGUUCAUUUGCCCGGUGCCAAUGAAGCUUUGACCUCUGACCAUUGGUGGGCAUGUUUGCACAUCAUGCGAGAGAUCGCUGAAACACAAGCCUCUGCAACCGAAUAUGUAAAUGGCUGCGAUUGUCAUUCACACCUCUUGAAAGAGGAUGUAGGAGUGGACAUCAAACGAGUUUGGGAGAACUGCCCUCUGCGAGGCCGGCGUUGCGCCGGUCUGUCGUCAGGUGCCUUCUUCCAGGUGGUUCAACGGCUGCUCGACCGCAGUACACUCUUUCUUCAAUCCAGGUUGACCCGCAGCCUGACGGAGGAAGAGCUUCAGGGCUUGCUGACAGAUUUCGAGCAGGGACGGCAGUACAUUCUUUCAACUUACAUCUUGAAGCUGUCAUUCUGGGCGGAGCCUCUGCAUUGCUUGACAGCUCUAGUGCACUGGGAUGCAUCUGAAAGGUGCAAAGCACUCAAGCGAUGCUUGGAUUCCAGUUGCACUCACCCACGAGUUGUGGAGUUGAGAGCUCAUGAAACUGAGUGCACUGAGUUCCUUGCCGGGGGCGGGUUGUGGGAGGGGUCGUUCCCAUACUUGAAGUCCUUGGCAGCAGAGAUGUCGUUGUGUUGGUCAAGUGCGUGGAGAGUCGAAGGGCAGCACGCGCGGCUGGCAUAUUACUUCUCGCUCUUGACACGGAAAGCAGGCUGGUUGACUGGACGCCAGAGCAACAAAACCAUCGCGUUGUUGUAUCAUGAUGACCCAUACACGAAGUACACCAUGGAUUUGCCUAGGGAGGUACAUUUUCGGAAAAUGCAAGAGACUCGGCUUCAGCUUAUGCAGGAGCGUGAACCCGGGCACGAGGAGCGUGAACCCAGGCAAGAGGCUGCGGAGCAGUCGCAAGUUCUGCGUCGCACGCAUGCGCUGCAAGACUUGAAGGCACUGGUGAAACCAAGAAUGUACCUUUCGAUGUCCUUGGUCCCAACUGCGCUGUACAAACUCCGUGGUUUGCUUGCUCCACACUCUGCUUCUAGGGGUGAAGUUGCCGCUCACUUAACGUGGGAUGCUCCAGAGCAGCUAGCCUUGUCCUGGCCUACCCUGCCCGAGGCAAACCUUGCAGUGCCUGUCAGGAGGCACUUAGAAGGUGCUGGUGACGUCGUCACCCAGGAGGCAUUGUUCUGGUCUGUUGUGCACACUGAGCCAGCUCGAUUCAGGGGAACCAAGGUGCAUCAGGCAGCUUCUUUGAGCGGGGUGUUGGUUGUACAACUUCACCGCAUCAUGGGGAUGGAUCCGGAAAGGCGUGAGGCAACCGUGUCACUGAAAGGUGCUGUGCCAGCAUCCAUGUCGUCUGCUAACGACGCUGGGCUAGCUUUGUAUCUGGACAAUCUAACUUUAGGGGAGCUGUUGCAGAUACGAGAAUGGCAGGCCCGUGGCGGUUUGAUACCUUGCUUUGAUGUCCAACUCAUGUCAACCGUGCCUGCUGAUCUGCGAACGCCUGUGUCUCAAGCUUUGCAAGAGUUGGUGAGUGCGCCGGAGGGUUUCGCAGUGGUCUCGGAUACACCCCCUGACAUUGUCGAAGCCUUAGACAUUCUGGCUGGAGAGGGGGUUGUGGUUGGGCCGCCAUGGACCUUGACGGAAACUGCCAAGAACCGUGUUGAGCAGUGUGUCGUGCUGCACUCAGAGCGGCCAUUGUUGAGACGCUGCGAGGGUGAUCUCAAAGAUGCAACAUGCUUCCAGUUGAUAUUGGAAAUGGAUGCCAAGCACUGGCGCCACGAGGUUGUCUCCAAGAAAGAGUACAAGGCCAUGAAGAAAGCGAACAUGAAACAGAAGGCUUCUGAUCCCAAGAUUUGGUACACGGCCGAGCAACAUGCCACAGUUUCUCGUUUGUACUUGUUGGCCUUGCUCCUACUUACAGGAGAGAAGGAUGUGCCGCAUGUGGCAGAGGAUACAGAUUAUGCCACGUUGUUGGGGCUGGGCGAUGAGUCCCUCCGUCGACCGGGUGGAGUCAAGCGAAAGGCCCGAAAGAUGAGCCAUGUCAGCGACGACUGGCCUGUGGAUGGUUACGUGGCAGUGCUGCAUGUGCUUAAGUACUGGGCCGUUCUUGGGUCAGAAGUGACAACUGCCGCAGAGCAUAUGGAGCUCUUCAAUGAGCGUGUGCUUCCUGCCUUCAACAUCAACAGCAUGCCCAGCGUGGCAGAGCUGGUGAGAAGGAAGAUGGAGAUGUUGUGCCGCCAGCCCAGUUGUGUAACAGCUGGGCAAGGGUCCCUUGAGGAUACAAUAGCGCAGCAGACCUUGCCAACAGGCCCCAGUUCUUUGGAAGAGUUGUUCAGCUUUCCUGAGCAACUCCUGGACGUUGUCUUUGCAAGAGAGGGUUGCCAAGACCGCAUCAUGAACUUGUUGAGUGAUGGCUUACACCUGUCCACAGACUAUUCAGGAGUUUGUGCCGAACGGGAAGCCUUGCGGCUGAUGUCGUUGGCUGUGCAGAAACGAACAGGUGUCAUGCUUCCGCAGAAGCUCAGCCGUACCUGUGACAUCGAUCCUGUGGCACAGAAGGUUCUGUGUCAUCUAUCGGACCGACUGGAUGGAGGUGAAAGCUGUGUCUUUGACGACAUCCACAAGCAGCUUGUUCCUCUAGCACAAAGUUGGAUAAGCCAGUGCGACUUGGGCGAUGCCACAGUGAGACCUCAGGCCUUCGCAGAGAUUCAGACUUGGUUGCAAGAGAACGGCAGCUGGGCAGUCAGCCAGGACCACAUGACGCAUUUCGUCAAGCACAAUUGUAAUUGCAUCGUCCACAAGAAGCGACCUCAAGCUGGUGGCCUCUCGGUGAAUGCAGCUGGCAACUGCUGUCAGGCAUGGAGCAUAGAGGGCAAACGUGCCUGCCAUGCUCACGCAUCCCAGUUGACUUUGCUAAUUUGGACAGCAUUGCGCCGGCAGCUAGCAAGCAGGGGCGAGGAGUCUUUGUUCUUCCAGGAGUGCACCCCCGGCUUUGAUGUUGAAGGUCUGCUUUCGCGCCCUUUGAGCUCUAGUCACAAAGUCAUUCACGUUACGACAGGUCCGAAGUUGCUGGGGUGGCCAGCAAACAGGGAUCGUAGACUUUCAGCUGGGCUGUCAUUGCAAGAGCUUGUCUGGCUUGGACCAUGCAGCAAUGAUGAGAUCCAGCAGGAUUUCGAGGCUCUUUUCGGACGCUCCUGUUGUCUGACAGGCAGAGUGUUCUUCCAAGCUUCUGAGGAUGACAUGACGCAGUGGAUUGCUGCGAAGAUGCGCAAAAUGGGCCGGGUUGCGCGGAACGUCCCCGUCUCCGGGCCCGGCAUGUUUCAGCAGGUACUGACGCCGUACCAGUUGCAGAGACUCCAGGAGUACAGUCGAUUGCAGCCUGAACGUGCAUCUCUUCAUGAUGGAACGUUUAUCGCCGACCUCGAUCACUGGCCGAGCUCUCAAGGCACGGAUUUUGUCAAGACCUUGCCGGACCGGCUUUUCCAUGCGUUGGGAAGCAAUGAUUUCGCAGAUCCUUCACCGUCUGAGGAAGCGGAGUCAGGUGAAGCUGAUGUGAAAGCGGCGAUGGAAGAAGCUUUCAAGGAUGAUAAUGACAUGCAAGGCCUUCUUCCGAAGACAGAGAAGCAGGAAGAUGACGACGCCCCGGUGACCCCGCCCAGGAGAGGCAGGGGACGAGGGCGAGGGGGGAGGUCGGCCAGGGAGAAGGACAACAAAGACAAGGAUGCGGGUGGGCGUGGGGGUCGUGGCAAGAAGAACCAGCCGCUGACCAUGUGCAUCUGCCCAGGCUGCGAGUGGCCGAAAUAUCCCGGCAGCAGGUUUUGCAGUCAAAACGACCAUAAACGCGGGUACGACAACUUGAUGUAUCAACGUCGAAGCAGGAAAGACAUUACAGAGGCACAGAAGGUGGAGUUUGACUCGCAAAUGAAGUCGGACGAGUUCGCAGGAAGGACGGUCUUGGAGUUCGUCAAGGACUGUCCACCGGAGCUCCGGAAGAAGACUCUCUUCGACUUUGCCCGCUUCGAGCGGAGCAAGGGCAUGAGAGUGAGUACGAACGAGCAGAGUGGAGACAUCCCGAUGACGGAACGCGCCUUUUACAAACACUGCGAUAACGAAUUGUACAACGACCGCAAUGUGGGCCGUGACCACGGCGGAUUCCGUGGGGCUGAGCAGUUGUUUAUUCCGGCUCACCGGAUGAGGCUCAACAAUCGUGAGCAUUUCGUUGAGAACAGGAUUGUCGAAGGAAGCAACAACAUGGCAGCGCCAUCCCAGGAAACUCGGCAGAUGCUUUCAAAGCACUUGCUGCGGCAGGACGUGUCGUUUGCUGAUGUCCAUUUUGGCAUGAGCGAGCAGCAGACUGCAGAGGUCCGUUCCCGCGGUGCGAAGCCCUUGGCCAUCGAGCCGGGAGAGCCUGACUACGACACCCCCAAAAAGGAAAAGGCCGUGAACCUCGACCGAGAAAGGCCGGCUCUUCAUCGCCAGAUGGAAGCAGGCAUCAACAAGAUCCGCACGGACCUCAACAAGUCCCUGCAACUCACCGAGGUCACCGCUGAGAAGUACCGCCAGCAUCCCUCUGAGCUCCUCGCUAGUGAUCGGGCGGCCGUUGCAUAUGUGCGCACGUUUCAGUGGAGGCUUGAAGCCGCGGCCCGAGUUGCAGGUGAACUGAACGAAAUCAAGCUUCUGGUCCCGGAGGCAGUGCAGAAGUCCGAGAAGUCCGAGACCGAUCAGGGCUCCACAAACCCGCCCACGCCAGCCUCAGCGAUGACAGGAUGUACCCAAGCAGAGAUGACGGACGCGAUCACCGCGAAGAAGAAGAUGCAUUUUGUGGACUUUCUGAAGACUGAGAAAGUCAAGGAGUCGCAGUUUUGGCCUGGGGAAGCAGAUGACCUGUUGCCACUCUCUAGGCUUCGUGAGCUUCAAGAGUACGUCUUAAAUGCCACCGACGGGAAGAGCUUCAUUGCAAUGAAGCAGCAGUGGCAGAAAGCUGAGAAGGCUGCCCAAGGCGUUGCCAAAGGAUUGAAGCAGAGCUCCGAUGACGUGAUCAAGCAUCUGAAGUCCGCGAUUGCAUCACGUGAUCGUGCAACAAAGCGCAAGCAGACGCAGGAGGAGAAGGAGGCUUUGCAGAAAGUGAAGCAAGAGGCUGCUGAUGCUGCGGCUGAGAUCAAGAAGAGGCGAGUGCAAGAGCCGGCGACCGAACCGUUGUUCACGGCUGACAUCGCUGCCGACCUCGUCGCUGAGAAGUCUGAGGAUGCGGUUGCCAAGAUGCCCGAGGCUGACUGGUGCUACCCAUGGGUCAUCAAGGGUUCAGAAGCCAUGAAGCUGUGCAUGGGUGAGAAAACACUUCAGAACACGCUGGCAGCUUGGGGAGCCCAGUACAAGCGAACGCUUGCGCAGACCAAGACAGCUUGCGUCACCUACCCGCUUGAGGAGAAGCAGGGCAAGGAGAGCUUUCUUGAGGCCAUGGCCCUGUGGGUGGAUAAGGGCCUCGUCGAUCUGUGCUCUGCCAAAGUUCCCGGAGGUGAAUCGUUCCACAAGUCUGUGUGGAUGUAUGGUUGCAGCAACGACAUGAAGACUCUGACCCACCUUCCAAAUUGGGCUUGCAUGCUGAAGGUGUUGGCAAGCGGCGAGGUUCGACAUGUGCUGUUUGAGGUCGAUUCCACCCUUAAGGCACUCUAUGACAUGAAGAAGAUCACGGAGAUUGAUAACAUCAACGCGGCCCUCGCGGCAUUGAAAGCCUUGGACGCGGACUCAGUCAAGGAACUUCUGGCCAAGAACGCUGGUCCGUCAGAUCACCCUGGUCAAGAAUGA